AUGAAUUAAUAUCAAGUUUAACCAAAGGAAUAGGAACUUCAAGAUCUCACUUAAAAUAACAAUGAAAAUGCUUCUAACCAAUAUGCCCCUUAUGUAAAUAUGUAGAUUUAUUCUCAAUAACAAUAAUACAAUUAAACUUCUUAUAACAAUAACUAUGCAGAGUUAAAUGAGGGUUAAGACAAGAAAUCAGAAAAUAAUUUUGAGAAUUUCAAAUAAUACAUAUCAAAUUUGCAAUAAAAUUUCUCAGAAGAAUCAGUUGGAUGUCAAUUUUUCACAAUUUGCAAUACCAUUGUAUGUUUUGUAAUAUUAUGUGUUAUCAUAAAAUCACUUUGA